AUGGACAGAGAGCAAGAAGAGAUGCAAUUCUUAGGCCUUUUUGGGAUCUAUGCAGAAGCCUACAAAGUGGUCUUUAGAUGGAGAAAAAUCUUCAGCAAAAUCACCCUAUCUUUGAUCCUUCCGCUAUCCUUCAUUUUCUUGGCUCAUAUAGAAAUAUCCCAUCUACUCAAGAUAAAAAUCAUCCACACUGAAAACCAAUUGCAUCGUGCCCAAUCAGAGCCUCAAAAAAGCAAGAAACUCACUGAUCUUGUAUGGUCUGAAUUGGCAAUUCUGUGGCUUUUCAACAUCACUUACUUCACAUUUCUCCUCAUUUUUUCUCUGCUUUCCACUUCUGCUGUUGUUUACACAAUUGCCAGUAUAUAUACCGGGCGAGAAAUAACCUUCAAGAAGGUCAUGAGUGUUGUCCCAAAGGUCUGGAAAAGGCUUGUGGUCACUUUUCUGUGCACUUUUCUUGCUUUCUUUGCUUAUAACCUCAUAGCUUUACUAGCUUUAACGAUAUUGACCAUGACCCUUGGAGAAACGUUGAUUGGUGCUGUUUUGUUAAUCCUCUUGUUGAUUGUGUAUAUUCUGGUCUUUGUCUACAUGACCAUAAUUUGGCAGUUGGCCAGUGUUGUGUCUGUUUUAGAAGACUCAUAUGGGAUCAAAGCUAUGAUGAAAAGCCAGGAAUUAAUCAAAGGGAAGAUGCUGAUUAGCAUAGUCAUAUUUUUUAAGCUGAAUUUGUCCCUUGCUGCAAUUCAGCUGUUGUUUUAUGCUCAUGUUGUUCAUGGUGGAUGGAGAUUUGGAGUAUUACACCGUUUGGGAUUAGGGAUGCUGUGUUUGUUGCUGCUUUUCAAGCUGAUUCUCUUUGGAUUGGUGAUUCAAACAAUUGUCUACUUUGUUUGCAAGUCUUAUCACCAUGAAAACAUUGAUAAAUCAGCCCUGUCGGAUCAUCUUGAAGCUUAUUUGGGAGAAUAUGUGCCUUUGAAGUCCAAGGAUGUACAACUGGAGCAAUAUGAAUAUGAUGCUUGA